CUUAAGGAAAUUUUUUUAAAAAAAGAAAAAUAAAAGAAAAAUAAAUAAAAUAUUUUAAAAAAGAGACACGGUUUAGGUUGUUACAUGUGUCUUUGGAAGCUGCUUCCCUUUGAGGAGCAGAAAGGAGAGCGCCGUUAGGAGGAGGGAUGGGAGGUGGGAGCAACUGAGGAGGUGGGUGCCAUCAGAGCGUGGGUGCUUCUUCCGCAUGUUGGUGUCAGGGAUAUGUUGCUCAGUGACACACAGAAAUUGCUGUAAAUAACAAGCCCAAACUCUAAAGUUUUCUUUAAAAGCAAAAGUCCCCUUUGGAUCAAGUUAGUGACUUCUUACGGGCAGGUUUUGAAGGGGUAGGAAUUGAGCUAUGCCCCAUGUGUUUGCUUUAAAGCAUAUAAAUAGUGGAUGCAAAGCCAAUGAGACUUUUCUAAGAAGUAAGAGGAAAAAUCAUUAAUCAAGUGUAAGGCCCAGUAUUGUGCUCACCUUUUUUUUUUGUUGUGGAAAAUAGGGCUAUAUGCAGAUUACAGCAAUGCGAGCCAUUUUCUUAAGUAAUAGACUGGGAGUAUUCUUUAACAGCAAAGCAGAGAUGUAUAACAGUUAGUUCAUUGCUACUCAUGUAUGGACCUGUGAUCUGCUGGCUGUAGGAUUUCAGUAGAGAAUAAGUAUUAAAGUGCUCUGUUGGCCUGAAUGCAGUGGUUUGACACGUAACAUGCAUGGACUCUGCCCCAUUUAUAUCUGGUAGUGCUUUGCUUCACAUAGUGGUGUAAAUUGUAUAAAAAACAUAUAGGAACAUCAGGAAAAAACUAGAUGUAUUUCUGGAGGCAUGCAUCACAAAUAUAGUUACUAUUGCUUAAUAUAGUUAAAUGCUAUGAAAAUAUAGGUAGAAUCACUUAAUUUUUUAUGUUUUCCCAUCGUAUCUGUUAUACUGCUGGUUUGGUAAUGUGGUUUUGUAGGAUAGAAUGUAUUUACUGGGGGAACAAAUAGUAGAUACUGAUUUUAAUUUUUUCUUAAUUAUUUUUUCCCAGGCAUGCUCCCAGCUUUAUCAAUCAGUAUCACAGGGAAACAGCAGAUGGAUUCGACAUACGAUCUGUGGUUUUUAAGAAAUCAUAUGUGCAGCUAUUCUGCUCUAGCGGCCACAUCUGCAGGGCAACAUGGCAUUCACAGGCAAAUACGAAUUCGAAAGUGAUGAGAACUAUGAUGACUUUGUGAAGAAGAUUGGUCUCCCUGCUGACAAGAUCGAACUGGGAAGGAAUUGCAAAAUAGUCACCGAGGUGGUGCAGAAUGGAAAUGAUUUCACCUGGUCUCAGCAUUUCCCAGGAGGACACACCACAACUAAUUCAUUCACUAUAGACAAGGAAGCAGACAUGGAGACAAUGGGUGGUAGAAAGUUCAAGGCAACUGUUAAAAUGGAAGGUGGAAAAAUAGUAGCUGAAUUUCCCAACUAUCGUCAUACUGUAGAGAUUUCUGGAGGAAAGCUUGUAGAGGUGAGUUCUCAAGUGUCCAGACUAUUUUGGUUAGGACUGCAAGUCUUAUUAUUAUUAUUUAAGUUUUGAGUUCAGAAAAAUACAUCCAAAUAAGCAAUGCAAAACUGUGUAUUAACUUUCUCCUUUCUAGAUAAUCUCUUAAAAUUCUAAUCCAAAAUUCAUGGAAUAAACUUUUAGUUAUAUAUUUUGUGUCUUGUAUCAUAUACACAGACACACAGUUUCAUAACUGUAAUAGACUGGAGUGUUCAGCUUGAGGUAUUCCUGAGUUGCUGUUUUUUUUAUUGACUAUAUUCACAGUCAAUAAGCAUAUGCUUAAAGAAUAGAAAAUAAUAUGUAAAGUUAUUCACCUGCUACUUGAACUAUGUUUGUUUGUACAAAAUGUCAUUAACUUUAUUUUUUAAAAUGUCAAUAUGUUAUAACUCCUCACAGCAUUUCUGUUGGACCCUAGUCUAUUUUUCAGUCUUACUCCUAGAACAAAAAUGUUGGAAGAGCUUAUAUUAUGAAUGGUGUCCUAUUUUAUCAUUGAAGUCACAUGGCAGUGGUAAAUCUUGAUUUGACUCUCAAAAGGCAUCUUGAUUUGUGGCUUUUCUCUGUGUCAGCUACAUAUGUCUGCAUAUCUUAACUUUGAGUAAUAGUAACUUACAAUAAAAAACAAAGCGAUGUUGUUACUCAGUUAUUGCUUUUGGAGAACAACUGUCUAAAAUCCUGAUACCAGCUUGGUGUCGGUGAUAGCCAAGUCUACCACUGCAGUAACUUGGAGCAGUCUAAACUAUUUAGCUUAUUGUUUAUGUAUGUUCUACUAAAGGGUAAAUCUGCUUCAGUAAGUGGCAGGUUCCAUGUGUAAGCUAAUAGGUCUUUCUGUUUGUGACACUGAAGCUUUAAGAACCCUGUUCAACCAAGUUUUGGUGUGUUCUUUA